AGUAGAUACGAAAAAUACUUCGAUUUCAAAUGUUUCACCCUAUAUAAACGUUAUCAUUACUCGAAGGUACAACGAUAUCAUCUUUGUAUCCUAUCGAAAAAGAAGAAGAAAUCAAAAAAAUUUUCUAUACUUGCUAUUAGCAUAAUUUCUCGAUCGGUUGUACGUUUAAAAAAAAAAAUAAAAAUAAAAAAAGUAAAAAACUCGUAGAACUUAACGGAGACGAUGAUUUACGUUUGCGAGUUACUGACGGAGGAGCCUAAGGGCGGUUCUGCGAUGAUAUGUCUUCGUACCUUCCUCAAUCUUUACGGAUAUCUGGCAAAUCUUGACUGCAGCGGUGAAUAUCUGCCGAUUAUGAAGGAACAAAACGAGGAAGAAAUUAUUCAGUCGACGGAUGAUCACUGUCAUUCUUACCUUUCACCUUCUAUUUUCAAAUUAUGCAAAUAUUCUGAUUCAACAAUGUCCUGUCGUCAAAAUAUCUGCGCCAGUCAAGAAAAUAUUCACGAGGAAGAAGAAUGUUUGUGCGUGUAUGAAGAAAACGAUAAAGAGGGGGAUGAAGUGAAAGGGGAUGAAAAGAACGAAGUGGAAGAAUUGGAAGAGAUGGAUGUUAUCGAAAGUAACUCGAACGUUGAGAAAAAAAACAUGGAACAAGUAUUAUACGAUUCUAAAAUAAAAAUCAGUAGGAAACUCGACGAGACGAUCGAUCGUUUGGUCAACGAGAAAAACGAAGAAGUGGAUGAGGAGGAGGAGGAGGAGGUGGAGGAAAAGGAGAGGAAGAAUGAGAAGGGGUGGAUUGUUGAGGAAAACUCGAAGAAUGCAGCAGAGGUUUGUGAUUGUUCGAUCGAAUAUAAAAAGAUAAUCCAAGAAAAAGAAAAAGAAAGAGAAGAUAAAAAAGUGGAAAAAGAAAUGACACAGGAAGAAUUGGAUUAUUCACAAGUUCCGGAUCGUUACUUUAGCGAGGAACAAUCGGUGGAUUUGAAUUUGGAUGAAUUUGGAGAAAAUAUGGAACAAGAAGAAGAAGAAGAAGAAAUGGAGGAAAGUGGGGAAAGGGUUUGGUACCAAAUGGAAACUAUGGAAAAUGACUCUGGCGAAUUUGUCGAUGCUUUCAGUGAUGUUUGCACGUGUCCCAAACGAGAACAACCCGAACAUAUUCCAACAACUCCUACACCAUCAAAAGAAGCAGCACGUUCUAUGUACGAUCCAGUUGAAGAGUUUAUUAAAAGAAUGGAAACUGAGAUUGAAAAGGGUCGGUUGAAAAGAAUUUUUCGAAUAGACGGAAUAGGUCCGGUAGUUUCAGAGAAACAAGUGACAGCUGUUGGGAUCUGGUUAGGUGACUGUGCUCGUCGUCAGGAAGGUCUAGUUGGACCACGCAACAUCAAACAUUUUCUUUGUCCAGACCUUCAGGACCCUAAUAGUGAUUGCCAAAGCCGAUAACUCUAACUUCAUACUACAAUUCUUUUCUUUUUUUU